AUGCCGGUCCGCAAGAAGCAUGGACCUUAUGAUAUUAUCGCAGAUGACCUCUAUGACUGCCGCAUCCCACUUCACAACGAGCUUGCCUACCAGCACGGAAUUCAUUUUGAAGCCAAGUACGUGGGUAGCAUGGAAAUCCCACGACCUGGUACACGAAUCGAAAUUGUCGCUGCGAUGCGGCGAGUUAGGUACGAGUUCAAAGCCCGGGGCAUUAAAAAGCGACCGGUUGAUAUCACGGUUUCUGUGGAUGGGGUCAAGGUCGUUCUACAGAGAAAAAAGCAAAAGCAAAAAGGCCUCUCGUGGGACGAGUCGAAAUUGCUUGUGAUGUUUCACCCCAUAUAU